CCAAGUGUAGAUACUAAACUACAUCAAGUCAACCAAGAACUAAUUGGAUAUUUCUCUACUUAAAAUGUCAUACAAAGUGGAUACUGCCUUAAUGCUUGUGGCUAUUGGAGAGACCUUGGUAGGGAUCUUAGGAAAUGCAUUCAUUGCAUUGGUAAACUUCAUGGGCUGGAUCAAGAGUAAGAAGAUUGCCUGUAUUGAUUCAAUUCUCACAAGUCUGGCCAUGUCCAGAAUUUGUCUGCAGUGUAUAAUCCUAUUAGAUUGUGUUAUAUUGGUGCAGUAUCCAGACACCUACAACAGAGGUAAAGAAAUGAGGAUCAUUGACUUCUUCUGGACACUCACCAACCAUUUAAGUGUCUGGUUUGCCGCCUGCCUCAGCACUUUCUAUUUCUUCAAGAUAGCAAACUUCUUCCAUCCUCUUUUCCUCUGGAUAAAGUGGAGAAUUGACAAGCUACUUCUUAGGAGUCUACUGGUGUGCUUGGUCCUCUCCCUGUGUUUUAGCCUUCCAGCCACUGAGAAUUUGAAUGAUGAUUUCAGACGUUGUGUCAAGAAAAAGGAGAGAAUAAACUCUACUUUGAGAUGCAAAGUAAAUAAAGCUGGACAUGCUUCUGCCAAGGUAAAUCUCAACCUGGUCAUGCUGUUCCCUUUUUCUGUGUCCCUGGUCUCAUUUCUCCUCCUGAUCCUGUCCCUGUGGAGACACACCCGACAAAUGCAGCUCACUGCAUUAGGGUACAAAGAUCCCAGCACAACAGCUCACAUAAGAGCCAUGAAAGCAGUGAUUUCCUUCCUUGUCCUGUUUGUUGCCUACUGUCUGGCCUUUCUCAUAGCCACCUCCAGCUACUUUAUGCCAGAGAGUGAAUUAGCUGUAAUUUGGGGUGAGUUGAUAGCUCUGAUCUAUCCUUCAAGCCAUUCAUUUAUCCUAAUUCUGGGGAACAGUAAACUAAGACAGGCAUCUCUGAGGGUGCUUCGUAAAGUAAAGACUAUGCUAAAAGGAAGAAACUGUUAAGAGCAUGGACAGAUCUGAAGAAAAACUUUCACUUUCUAAGAUAAAGGAGGACAAGAAC